UUGCAAUUUUCAAUCAUGAACGAGGAAUUCCUAGUAAACGCGAGUCAUCAGCUCGCAUUGAUUACGUCCCUGCCCUUUGUACACACCGCCCGUCGCACCUACCGAUUGAAUGGUUCGGUGAAACCUCCGGACUGGGGUUCGCAAGCUUCACGGCGAACGUACCUCGGGAAGUUGGUUAAACCUCACUAUUUAGAGGAAGGUGAAGUCGUAACAAGGUCUCCGUAG